AUGCGGGAAUUGUCUGGUGCAUUAGGAUGGCAUGUACAUCAAGGGUAUUAUUAUCUAUGUGAUACCAGUUACCCAAAUGCGGAGGGUUUUUUGGCUCCAUAUAGAGGUGAAAGAUAUCAUCUUUCACAGUGGCAUGGAGAAGAUAAUGCACCAACAACUCCACGAGAAUUUUUUAACACGAAGCAUUCUUCUGCACAAAAUGUCAUCGAGAGAACGUUCGGGUUGUUGAAGGGUAGAUGGGCAAUCUUGCGAGGAAAAUCAUACUACCCAAUAUAUAUCCAAUGUCUAACCAUCAUGGCGUGUUGCCUUUUGCAUAAUCUUAUCAAUAGGGAGAUGACUAACAGUGAACUGACCAAGGAUUUAGAUGAGGUGGAUUCAAGCUUUGCUACAACUGAGGGGAUGAGAUAA